AUGGGGAAUUCGCUAACGAAGGAGCAACAACUAAAUCUCGAAGUAUUACCGAGAAUUUUAAAGUUUCAGAAUAGACCUGUGUCUCCCUCAGCAUCAGCUACUUUUCUUAAAUGGAUAAGCGAAAACGUGCCUGAGUUUCCGGUAACUGAGUUUCCUUUUGAAGAGGAGCUUUGGGACAAAAUUGGCACAGAACUCUGGGAUGCUGCAACUACUGCAGAUAAAACAGCUGCUGAACUUUUACCUGUUUGGUGCCAAAUAUCGGAAGCUCUCAAACAAAUUCGACAAGAAAGGGCAAAUUCUUCCGACUGUUCCCCAUCACCUUCCCCCCCAGCCGCGGCGGUGCUUGUCGCUGCAGGAAGCAAACCCUGCUCGGACCCGAUUCGCGAUCUCCCCACCCUUGGCCGGGGAGAAGGAAAAUCGCAGCCCCCGGAGAGCGCCGCCGCCGCCGCCUCGAGGUGCCCGCAGCCCCGCGGCCACAUUCCGCUCCAGACCGUCCCUGCCGAGCUGCCGCCCCCCGCAGCCCCCCCGUCCCUCUCCGUGCCGCUGCCUCCCUCCACACUCCCCCCUCCGCCGCUUGCAGUACUGCUGCCGCUUUCCGCCCCCCCCACGUCGCUUGCAGCUCCGCUUCUGCCGCACGCGUGUGAUUUAGUUAAAGACAAGGAUGGAGUGGAGCCAGAGGAUCUUUUCAAACCUGGUGCGGUAGAUCCGGAGGAUGAACCGAACUUUUUCCCUCCUGACGAUAAUUUGAAGAGGACGGGAAGGAAAAAAAAUGUUGCUUCUACAGCCUACUACGGCUCUUUAGAGCACUGCAGAAAAGAAGCAUUAUCACGGGGCGAUGUUGAUAUGUUGAAAACCUUUUCUGUGAUGUAUCCUGCAAAUCAGCCCCCCCGACGGGAAUCCCUUCCCUAUUGGGUGGUGAAGGAGCUAAGGAAGUCAGUGAGAGAUUAUGGAAUUCAGUCCUCCUUUACGUAUGAUCUUUUGCUUGCAAUUGGUGACAGUUAUAUUAUGACUCCUCGUGACUGGAAAGUUUUGUUACAAACAGUCCUGUCUCCCAUUCAAUACACCGUGUUUAUGACUGAAUACCGAGAUCAGGCUACCAUCCAGGCUAUGAAUAAUUUGACUAACUUAAAUCAUAUUGGCAUGGAGGAACUCAUGGGGGAGGGGGUCUGGGCAACACCUCAGGCCCAGGCACAGAUGGACAGGCAAUGCCUUGAACAAGUUAAGACUUUGGUGUUGCAUGCUAUCCGUCGGAUACCUGAUACUAAUUCGUCUAAUGCCUCAUUUAUAUCAAUUAAGCAGGGGGCUGCCGAGCCCUACAUUAAAUUUCUUGACCAUUUACAAAAUACACUAGAGAGACAAGUGGAAAAUCAAGCUGCCCGGGAUGUUUUGCUUAAGCAAUUAGCAGUAGAAAAUGCAAAUACGGAUUGUCAGAAGGUUUUACAAUCAUUAAAGAAUGCAGAUCCAUCCAUUACUGACAUGAUUAAAGCCUGUCAAGAUGUAGCCAUGGAAAGUCAUAAAGUGGCCUUGCUAGCAGACAUGCUGGCAGCCCUACUUGAUGCAGGGACAGCUCAAAGAAUGAAGUGUUACAAUUGUGGGCAACUUGGUCAUAUACAAAGGGACUGUAAAAAGCCUAAGCAAACAAAUAAAAAUGCUCGUGUUGUUCCAACUCAACCCUGUCCCCGGUGUGGGAAGGGGCUACACUGGGCAAGACAAUGCAGAUCUAAACUCCCUGUUGCUGCACAGCCGUGUGAUCUGCUGGGAAACGGGAAGAAGAGCACAAGACUGCACGCUAUGACAACAAAUAUGGUCCUGAAUCAGUCAGCCACUGCCUGGCCAGCUCACUCAGACCAGCCACCACCGGCAACACAGGAGUGGAUUUGGCCACCAUCCAGUCAGUGA